AUGAACAAACUGCGAGAGACGGAAGAUAUGUUGACAAAGAAGUCCGAAUUUAUCGAAUCACAGAUACAAGACCAACUGGCACUUGCCAAAAAGCAUGGAAUGAAAAAUAAAAAACUGGCUUUGAAGGCGCUCAAGAAGAAAAGACUCUUAGAAGCACAGCAAGACAAGAUCGAUGGCACGUUGACGACCAUUGAGUUCCAAAUUGAAGCUCUUGCUAAUGCUGCCACGAAUGCGCAAAUUCUCAAUAAUAUGAAAACUGCUGCUGAAGCCUUGAAAAGGGCUCAUGGAAACAAAACAGCUGAUGAUGUUCACGAGAUCCUUGACGAACUCGAAGACGCAAACGAUUUAGCGAAUGAAAUCUCUGACGCAAUUUCCCGACCUUUAGGAUCUGCUGCAUACAUGUGCGAUGAGGACGAGUUGCUUGCAGAGCUGGAGGAUUUAGAGCAAGAAGAAUUGGAUGAAAAGAUGCUUGAUAUCCCCAAUAAUGGCUUGACUCUUCCCGAUGCACCUGUUAUUGACCCGAGAACAACUGCGAAAGAUUUGGCAGCCCUGAAGAAGUGGCAGGAACAGGCGAUUGCUGAAUGA